AUGAAACAGGUUAAGCCAAGCUGUGCCUCAUACUCUAUUGAGCAAAAAAACAGAGUUAUUAACAGCGCAAGUUGGGGUACUGAGAUAAGUCAAGGUAGCAGGCGUAUUGGCUCUGGUCGGAAAGCAUUCUAUUCCGAAGCUGAAGAAAAAUUAUAUACUUGGUUGAUGGAACAGAGAAAACAGGGACUAGCAGUUACUUACACAAUGUUGCAAGUUAAAAUGUUAGAACUUUUAGAAAAACCUGAAAUAACAAAUCCAUAUAAUUUAUCAAAGGAUUUUAAAACAUCAGACCAUUGGUUAUCUGCAUUUUUAAAAAGAUAUAAAUUAUCUUGGAGAUGGCGUACAAAAAUUUUCCAAAAACUUCCCGAACAAACUCAAGAAUCAUUAAAUAAAUUUUAUAACUUGGUUACUAAACUUAAAAAUAAGAAAUCAUAUGAGCUUUGCAAUAUACUUAACAUGAAUGAAACUCUUGUUUGGUUCAAUAUGGCAGGGAACUUUACAGUUGAUCAACAAAGGAAAAAAAUGAUUCAUAUUCAUAGUACUGGCAAUGAAAAUAACAGGUUUACUAUUGUGCUAACCUGUGCUGCAG